UAUAUUUUGUAUUUGAAGAUAUGAUAAGAUUAGAUUUCUUGCUGUGUUUAAAUUACUUAUUUUAGGAAGAACAAUUUAUUCUAGGAAGAAGGAACUAAAUGAGUAAAAUUGUCUACAAAACUGUUUAUUUCUUUUAAGUUCUAACAAAAUUCUUACUUUUUACGAUUCAGUCUCAACGUUCAGUGAAGAGGUAUUUUACCAAAGUACCGAAAUCAAGUGUAGCUUCUUCUAGUCAACCUAACCAGGAAGCAAAUGCCAACCAUUCAGAAGUACCAUUACCUUCUUCUCAAGAAUUUGAUUUGAGUACUUUAAAUUAUGAUCCGGGUGAAAGAACCCCAAUCUUGGACUAUCAUCCAAACCAUCGUGAUGUUAUUAGAAGAGCAUACCUUAUUAAUGGUCCUUGUCAACCUCGGUUGCUUCAGCAUGAGUAUCCUCAAACGAAUAUUUCUGGAUCAAUGCGUCGUUUUAAUUCUGAAUGGUUUGAUGAUGUAUAUCAUGAUUGGUUGGAAUAUAGUGUUAGUAAAGAUGCAGUCUAUUGUUUGUAUUGUUAUCUAUUUAAAGGCUACAACACCAAUCAAGGUGGGGGUGAAAUAUUUUCAAUUGUUGGGUUUAAGAGUUGGCAGAAAAAGAAGAAUCUUGGAAAACAUAUUGGUCUACCGAACAGCCCACAUAACCAGUCAAAAAAGAAAUGUCAAGAUUUAUUGCGGGUACAACAGUCUAUUCAUUUUGCACUUGAGAUGCAAUUUAGUCAAUUUAAGCAUGCGUAUUUGGUCCGCUUAAGUGCUUCAGUUGAUGUAGUAAGACUUCUUAUAACUCAAGGAUUGGCAUUUCGAGGUCAUGAUGAAUCUAAAUCAUCACUUAGUAGGGGUAAUUUUCUUCAAAUUCUCUCAUGGUAUGCGAAAAAGUGUGAUAAUAUUCGUGAUUAUGUACUGGAACAUGCUCCUCAAAAUGAUCAAAUGACUUCUCCAAUGAUUCAAAAAGAUAUUGUGAGUGCUUGUAAGAUAGAAACAAUUAAAGCUAUUCUUGAGGAAUUAAAUGGUGACUACUUUUCUUUACUAGUUGAUAAGUCUUUUGAUAUGUCACGCAAGGAGCAAAUGGCUAUUGUCUUACGAUAUAUUGAUAGAAAUGGAUUUGUGAUGGAGCGGCUUCUUGACAUUGCUCAUGUUCAAGAUACUAGUGCUUUAUCUCUAAAGAGGGCAAUUGUUAAUUUACUUGCUCAACAUUCCUUAAGUCUAUCAUAUGUGCGUGGACAAUGUUACGAUGAGGCAAGCAAUAUGCAAGGUGAGAUCAAUGGCCUUAAAAUGUUGAUUAGGCAAGAAAGUAGGUUGGCCCAUUCCAUUCAUUGCUUUGCUCAUCAACUUCAACUAACUCUUGUUGCGGUCUCGAAAAAAUGUAUUGAAGUGGGAAAACUUGUAGUGUUGGUUUCAAAUAUUUUGAAUGUAUUAGGAUCUUCUUUUAAGCGUAUGGAUGAAUUUCGAGAUUCUCAAAAAGAAAGAAUUCAAGAAGCAUUAGAUUUGGGUAAGCUUACAACCGGUAGGGGCUUGAAUCAAGAACUUGGUCUUUCAAGAGCUUGUGAUACGCGUUGGGGAUCUCAUUUUAAAUCUUUCAACAAUUUUAUUCUUAUGUUUGGCUCUAUUCUUAAUGUUCUUGAAUCACUUGUUCUUGAUGCACGAUUAUUGGAUGAAAGAGCCAAGGCAAUGGGAUAUCUCGAAGCUUGUCGAAGAGGUUGCGUUCAUGUUGCAUUUGAUGAGUGA